GUCUGCCGCACACACAGCGCAGCUCUCCGAGCCGCACUCUUCAGAAGCUGAAUCGAUCUCAUAUUGGAUUUGGUCUAGUCCUUAUGACUUAACUGCUGCUGGUCAUAUUUUGUUUAUAUGUGUCGCUGCUGCUGCUACUGCUGCUCGGCCAGCACCUUGCCAACGAGCAGCCAACAUCAGUGCCAGGAGCUGCAGCUGAAGGAGCUCACAAUCACCGCACAGCCGCACAACAGCAGCUCCCACAAUCUCAGCUCCAACGCCAGCCUGGCCGAGCGGCCCAACAUAAUCGGCAGCUGGAGCUGCGACGAGGAGCUCGAGCACUACAAUGUGGAUGAUUUUGAGACACGCACGCCGACCAUGUGGCGUGCCUGGUGGCUACACGGCGCCAGCGAGCAGUUGUCACCUGUUAUACUCAGUUAAGCUGUGGAACAACUGAUAAAAAAAAGAAAGUCAAACAAAGCUUCAGCACAAUACUUUUUAUGCAACAAGCAUUAUAUUUCAUUUAACACAAAAGACUGAAGAAAGUGCUCAACUCAACGUUACCCUGUAAUUCGUACAUGCGUACAUAAAGCAUAAUGUCCUUGAAAGCUUACUAGAAGCCAGUUAGUAUUACGUAGUAAGUGCUAUUACAGUUACUGCACUCUACCAAAUAAACUGUUAUUUAAAUAUACAGGGUAUCACAGGCUCAAUGAGUUGAAAAAUAAAACAACAAAUGAGCAAAACAAACAAAAGCCACAACAAACACAUGCAUCGCUAGCAUCUCAGACUUUGUCAGCGCCCUAACGAGGAGCAGCACAAAGUUGCAUGUUAGCCACAACACACACACACACACACACAGAGAGAGAGAGAGAGAGAGAGAGAGAG